AAUAUAUAAAGUUUGUUUGAUUUCUUUCCUUUUAUUCUUUUGGUUUGAACUCUUUUCUUGACAUUAAAUUGGUUUUGAAAUAGUUUCAAUAUUUCAGACUGAGAUGCUAUGAGAAUGGAGUUGGGGACAGAAUAUAUAUUUCACGUAUUCUGGGAGGAUAGUAUCUGGCUUCCACCAAAUACAACUUGGAAGGAUGUGCAACCAACUCAGGACGGAGUAUACACGGAGUUCACGGAUCUUUGGUAUCCGAUCCCGGUUGCGUUUUUUAUCCUUCUCCUAAGGACUAUUUUUGAAAGAUACAUAUUCAAACCUCUGGGACUCUCGUUUGGUAUAAAAGAUUCCAAGCAUAUAAAACCAUCUACAAACUCAGUUCUGGAGAAAGAAUUCAGCUUAACCAAGAAAAACAAAUCAUACCAAAUAAACAUACCCAAGCUGGCUGCUGAUUUAAACAUGAGAGAGAGACAGAUAGAAUACUGGUUAAAAAGAAGAAGAUUGUACGGGAAGCCGACUACCAUGCAGAAAUUCUGUGAGACUGGUUGGAGAUGGUUCUACUACUCUUGUGUUUUUACAUACGGAGUUAUCUGUCUCUGGGACAAACCCUGGCUUUGGAAUAUCAGAUACUGCUGGUACAACUAUCCACACCAUGAUGUUCCCCAGGAAGUCUGGUGGUAUUACAUGGUGGAGCUCUCCUUCUACUGGUCUCUCUCCUUCUCACAGUUCUUCGACGUGAAGAGGAAGGAUUUUGUCGAGAUGUUUAUCCAUCACGUGACCACAAUAGCGCUUCUCUGCUUCUCUUGGACAUGCAAUCUUUUCAGGUGUGGAACACUAGUCCUGAUUAUUCUUGAUUUCGCGGAUAUAUUCCUGGAAUCUGCCAAACUCUGUCACUACGCUAAGCUUAAUACGGUCUGUGAUAUCAUCUUUGCUGUAUUUGCCGUCUGUUGGAUUAUUACAAGACUCGGCAUAUUUCCUAUAUGGAUUCUUUACAGCACAACCGUGGAGGCGCCCCAGAUGCUCGAGAUGUUCCCUGCGUACUACAUCUUUAACGUCCUUCUCACCAUUCUCCUCGUCCUUCAUGUUAUCUGGACGUAUUUUAUUCUCAAGAUUGCAUAUAAUGCUCUCUAUGCCAAAAAGGAGAAGGGCGUUGCAGACUCUAGAUCUGAUUCUAGCGGAGAAACCUGCUCCACCACUGAUGACGAGGCUAGAAAGAAAGACGACAAUAAGAAAAGAAUUCAAAAUGGCGGCGCUUAUGCCGAUAACAAUGGCGGCGUAAAUCCUCAACCAAAUGGAGCCAUAAAACAAAAUGGCAACUACAAAGCCUCUAGUGUUGAGGUUAAAUAAGUCCAUUUCGAUGGAGGAAAAUUAUAUGAUACUCGAAAAGAACAUCUUUCUUAACCCAGAUUUUUUGAAAAUUAAGAGGAAUUUUGUUGAAUUUUACAACAGUAUUAGUAAUAUGAUUGAUACCAGUUUACAACCUUUAUUUUGAUACAACCAUUCCACGAUUAAAUGCAUACAUUCCAAUCAAUCUGAAACAAAAGAUAUUUUCUAUUAACUUUGCAACAAAACUUUUUUUCUACAUGUGCCCUUCUUCAAGCAAAACAGUUCUGAUUUAUCAAUCCUCAUACUGAUCUUAACAUAAGAUGUUUUGAUCUUCACAAUUUUCCUGACAACAACUUAAAUUUUUUUUAAUUCUUAUAUUCUAAAAAACUUUUCUAUCUAUUUUUAAGAUGUCUUAGAAAAUUCAUUUUAAAGUCACAACGGGUAUUUAAUAAAACUGCACUAAAAAAUUAGUUUUGUAAGUUUUAGACCUCCAUUUUGUUAAAUCUCACUGCUUCAACGAAACACGCCAAGUCCAUAUUUUUGCACUCGUCUUCCAAAUGUUGAAAAAAAUUGCUUGCUGAAAAGGUUUUAUUUUAUGAAAUGCAUCAAGCAAAGGUUAUCUAAUUUCUAUUUAACAAUUUUGAUAUUUGCAACUAUUCCGUCCAGUUAAUGAAAUAUCGCACAAACCUUUUAAGGAUCUCUAUAAAGAAACAUUAAAUUCAUUUUUAAAAAAACAUGUUUUGCUUUUUAAGAAAUUUAAUUUUAUAUACUUUGUUUUACUUAUUUUUACAAAUACGUUUUACAAUUAUCUUGCAAUUUGUUGACCAAUAUUAUCUACUUAACUUCUUGUUACUGUGUAUUAUGUUAAUUUGUACCUUAUAUAUACAUUCCUUUGUAUUUUCUAUUUAACUGUCUCCAACACGUCAGAUAAAAACUACUUCUUCCUUUUACACGUUAAUCACGGCCUUACUUAAAUAAAAAUAUGAUCUAGAUUUAAACACUAAUUUCCUGCUUUUUAUAUCAGCUAGGAUUUCCAAUGUUUCCGGAUCAGUUCCAUUACGGAAAUGUCUUACGGAACCUUUUCUGAACACAAAACCAUUAGAAACUUGAAGCAAUUGAGUACAGAAACUUCCUAAAUUAAACAAUGAACCAUUCUAAUCUAAAAAAAAAAACUACACAAAAGUUGUUGCAACAGACACAAAAAAGUUUGACGGUUUUUUUGAUCAAUUCCAUAGGGAAGCAUUGUUCCAUAAUUUUUUUCUCAGUUUAUUACAUCUUGUUCUGUGUAGCAACUAGGGGGGUAGAUUUAUUUGAAUUUGGUUAAUAAAGGUUCCGUAAUGCCUUCACGAAACCAAAUUGAUCUAGAAAAGUUGGAAACCUACUGGGGAAAUUCUGGUUAUCCCCUACCGGGGGAUUUUUACUACUUUUUAACCCUAAAUUAUUCUCGACAAUCUUUUAUAACUAUUGGAAAUAUGCAUUUCUUACUUUAAGAUUAUUUUAUUUUGCAAAAGAUAUGAGACAUGUAUUUGAAUUUUUGUACAGUUGCGCAAUUUUACAUAUUUUUGACACUUCGACUUUAGUGAUAUGAAUAAUCAGUGUAUAAUGUCCAACAAAAACCAAUCAAACUGUAUACUAAAAUGCACAAAUGUAAUCAUAUCUAGAUGUAUAUUUUUAUGUACUUGCACAUUGCUCAGGCGCACAGAACAGUAGCACUGCAAACAGAGAUUAUAGAGAUCUUAGUAUAGAAAAUAAAGCUCUGCGUUCAUAUAUAUGUAUGUUAGCUAUUGCCGGCCAAACGGGUAGCCCAAAUUGGCUGAAUUUUUUAGGAAGCCGAUGGGCACCCUGGAGGUAACCAAAGCUAGAUAAAUUAAAACAAAAAUUAAAAUCUAUUUUUUUGUAUUUCACUGUCAGCGCCGGGCACAUCAUCUAGUAAUAUAUAAGACAGUUCUUUAAUCUCUGGAGGUAGGAACACACUAGAAUAUGGAUUUACAAUUUACGCAUUUUAUCCAAUAUUGUAAUCGUAGAGGCCAAGCAUUGGAGAUAAACAUCCUCCGAAAUAUUUUGUUUAACCGUUAUUUUUAAAUUUUAAAAAAAUUAUUAAACUUCAAUUUUUGAAUAAAAAAGGUGGGGCUGGUUCUUUUUUAAACGAAAGAUUUUGGAGGAUUUUAUUUUUGUUGAUCCAUGGGAAAACUGAAGAGCAUUGACCCAACCAGUUUGUUAUGUGAUUAAAUUACGAAAAUCAGCAUUUUAUUGUUCGUAUGUUAAAUGUUUUUUCAAUAAAUGUCCACUCAAUGUUGGAAUAUACCCCUGAU